UGAUAGAUGAGAUGUCGGCAAACAGGUAUGAUUUUCACGCGUCAUGAUUUGAGUCGUGCCACGUUGAUAUUUGACACAUAAGGACAAUCAAUUAACGUCAGAUAUUGAAAAAAUGUUUUAAAAGUGGACUCCCGGGAAUAUUCCGUGUGUGAACUAUUGCUCGAAGCAGCAGUGUUGCUUAAAACCAGAUUGGAUAAAAUGGCAGUGCGUGACGAACUCCCUGUUUAUUGAUAAUACCUGCUGUGUAUUGAUCGUCACACGUCGAAUGAUCACUAAACCAUCGACAUCCUGGAUGGCAGUAACCAUAAACUAAAAAUUCGUGGAUAUAACAUAUUGUAGUUAAAUUAUUAAAGUAAAACUGGGGAGUUUCACCAUUGGGCCUAUUAUAUCGUGGCGUAGACGACGUGUAAAUUCGAAAGCAAUCGUGUGGGAAAUCGAGGGCAAGUAACUUUAAACGGUUGGGGUAUCAGGACGUCUUCGUACGGUCAUAUAACGCAAAAUCCCGUAUUGCAAAACAGGAAAGCCGAGGAGUACUUGGUGGUCAGAUCGGCUUUGAGACGUCAAGGACGCACAGUGGGAUAUCACUCAACCAAAUACUUGGUUUCGGCCCAAGACACGUUGACAAGCUAAGGGAAUGCAUAAACGACUUCUUUGACGGAAGAACACGCUUGGACCGUGCUUCGCUGGAGCAUCACAACUGAGAUAAGACACUGUCGUCCAUUUGCCUAAUGAUCUUAGAAAUCUUCAAAUAGGCAAGGAAUCAAGAAUAAUUGGAUUCACGCUGAGUUGACCUCCAAUUAACGUGUUAUAGAAAACCGCGGAGGAAAUACAUGACAGUUCACCCCUUAACCGACAGUUUUCACGUUUAAUGUUUAUUGACCUGAAGGAGUGUUGCCCCCCCCCCUUCUGAAUUUGGGUACUUGUAUAUGAAGAUGAGUCAAUGCCCUAUUUCUCGAAGUGCAAUUUUUGACGUUAAGCAUUUGUCCCGUUGCGGCUGUAUUACGUUUAGGGGCUAUGUAGUAUUGACCAUCGGAGUACUAUCAAGGAUAAAUAGCUAAGAGUGAACAACCUUCGAGGACCACGAAUAUCGAAUAAUCCGCAUAACUAUAGGCUCAAUCUACUUAAGUUAGAACACAUAUACCUCCCCAAACUACUCUCAUACAAAAUGUCUUCAGAAGAAUAUCCGGACCUUGCCGACUCAGACUCGCCUCGAGGUAAAUCAAAAGUUUUAAAACCCAAGUCGAUCGCCUCGAAGGAGAUAGAGUCCUGGGCAAAGUCGAAGACUGACAGACGCAUAGAUUUUGCAAGGCAGUCUGGACAGUUGUCGGACAAUGUCACAGAGCAACGGAUGCUCCAGUCGAAAAUCAUGGAACUUUCAAAAGAACGUUACAAGUUUAUGUCCCAAAAUGCGUAUGAGAGGAAAGUAUUUUUAGACAGACAGCAGAGGAAGACGAACGUCAUGAAGGACUUGCUGAAAGGCAUCGAUGUUGAUAAAUAUAUUCGCCGUGCUGGGGUGUUGUGUAGUGAUAUGGACCAAAGCCUCGCUCCACGGAAACCAAAGAAGCUUGGUGGUAGGCUGGGGCUCUUGGAUAGACUAGAUCCGACUCAGAAGCCUAAAGCCAGUAGUGAUGAUAAUGGAAAGGAGGAGCAGCAACACAUUCGGCCUCAUACAACGAUGCCCAGUAUCAAAGAAAAACACGCGUCAUUCCGAAACGGCGGCAAAGUUCUUCCAAAGACGGCGAAUGCAUCUGUAAACAGGCGGAGUAACUCUCGCGUUAACUUCAGCUCUAAGGUCGAGGCAUUGCCUGAUCUAACUUGGAACAGGAAAGACAGCCGUGGAACACCCAUGUCUGAUCGACGAGAUAGUCUCCUGUCAAACGCCUCCGAGGACGAGGAUGUCGGUUCGGGUUUGUCAAACCGCCGCCAGUUUAAAAGGGCAAAUACCUUUACGUCGUUACGCAGUUCCAAAAGUGGGGAUUACCAGCGUCAUAGCUCGUCAUCAAGGUCUUUGUCCUAUCCAAAUAACGCCAAAUAUAAGUCUGUCGGUCCGACAACGGAUCCACGAUAUUACCUUCUGACGAAAUCACUCUGUGAUAACUAUACGCCUUGCAUGGAAAUCCCGGCUGAAGAGGUGGAUGGAGUGAUAAAGAAGAUAGACACUUUGCAUACUCCAGCCAGGCGGGUUAGGGAGAUGCAGGGUCGGCCAAAGAUGAAUCGGAAGCUACAGGACUUUAUGAGAGAACGUGGGAUGGUGUUUCAAUGACGAGGAUACACCUGGUUUGUUGAACAAUGACACCAAAUAAAGUGACUAUCGUGUCAAUUAUAAAUGACGUAUGCCUGGACCAAUUGAUUUGAGUUUAGAUCCAGAACCAGCUGUGCUUAUUCAUGUCUUCUUCGGCUCUGGGGCACAAAGAGUCAUUGAAUGCUUGUUUAUUAAUUGUGCCAAAAGAUGUUGUAAGUAAAGUAAGUGAGCGUCGAUGUU